CUCCUGCCCCGCCCGUCUCGCCUGCCCGCUGGUCGGUCCUGGCGGCGGCGGCUGCCCAGUGACAGCAGCUGCGGCACCAGGCCGGCAGUACAAGCAGCGUAGGGUCGUGUGGCCCAGAAACGCAUAGCCGGCCAAAGGGUGGUACCAGGCCGCGAGGAAGGCCAGACCGUGGUCGCGCGUGAGGGAGCGCGGAGGCAGUGGCCGCUGGCGGCCAGGACCCGCCUGCCCUCGCGGCCGCCGCCGGCAUGAGCCACAUCCGGAUCCCGCCGGGGCUCACAGAGCUGCUGCAGGGCUACACGGUGCAGGUGCUACGGCAGCGGCCACCGGACCUCAUCGACUUCGCGGUAGACUACUUCACCCGCCUGCGCGAGGCCCGUGCCCUAGCCUCCAGCCCGCCCGCCACCCCUCCUUCCUUCUCCCAGGAUCCAGAGCUCGGCCCUGGCCUUGAGGACGCGAAACUGGAGAGUGAGACCGAUGAGGACGAGGACGAGGACUUGGACGUUCCAGUUCCUAGUAGAUACGACCGGAGAGUAUCAGUAUGUGCUGAGGCUUAUAACCCUGAUGAGGAAGAGGAAGAUACUGAUCCAAGGGUGAUUCAUCCUAAAACUGAUGAACAGAGAUGCAGACUUCAGGAAGCUUGCAAAGAUAUUCUCCUUUUCAAAAAUCUUGAUCAGGAACAGCUUUCUCAAGUCCUCGAUGCUAUGUUUGAAAGGGCAGUCAAGGUGGAUGAGCAUGUUAUUGACCAAGGAGAUGAUGGAGACAACUUUUAUGUCAUCGAACGGGGAACGUAUGAUAUUUUAGUAACAAAAGAUAAUCAGACUCGCUCUGUUGGUCAGUACGACAACCGAGGAAGUUUUGGAGAACUGGCUCUGAUGUACAACACCCCGAGAGCUGCUACCAUUAUUGCCACUUCAGAAGGCUCCCUCUGGGGACUGGAUCGUGUGACUUUUAGAAGAAUCAUAGUGAAAAACAAUGCAAAAAAGCGGAAGAUGUUUGAGUCAUUUAUCGAAUCUGUGCCCCUUCUUAAAUCACUAGAGGUGUCAGAACGAAUGAAGAUUGUGGAUGUGAUAGGAGAGAAGAACUAUAAGGAUGGAGAUCGCAUAAUCACUCAGGGCGAAAAAGCUGAUAGCUUUUACAUUAUAGAGUCCGGUGAAGUGAAGAUCUUGAUUAGAAGCAAGACUAAGACAAACAAGGAUGGUGCGAACCAGGAGGUCGAGAUUGCCCGCUGCCAUAAGGGGCAGUACUUUGGAGAGCUUGCACUGGUGACCAACAAACCCAGAGCUGCUUCAGCUUAUGCUGUGGGAGAUGUCAAAUGCUUAGUUAUGGAUGUACAAGCCUUUGAGAGGCUUCUGGGGCCCUGCAUGGACAUCAUGAAGAGGAACAUCUCCCACUACCAGGACCAGCUGGUGAAGUUGUUUGGCUCCAGCAUGGAUCUGAUGGAGCCUGGGCUGUAGGUGCACCACACCUCAGAGUCUUCUCAGUGUGACACCAGAACCUUCCGGUCAGCCACAGAACACACGCAGAUACGACAGAACUGUUUCUUCCGUUGCCACCGCAGCUGCCAUUGCUGUGGCCAUGGGCAUUUAGAAAACUUGAAAGUCAGCACUAAAAGAUGGGUAGAGGUUCAACCUGCACCUCCACUUUGCUUCUGAAAGCCCAUUAUUAGACUACUUCUAAUGAUUAUUCCAACCCAGUUUCACAUCUUUGGUUCAAAAUGGCAUGUCUCUCCAACAAUUUAAGUGCCUGAUAUUAAGUCCAAAGUGUAAACAUCUUCCUUUCCUCUCUUGCUGCUACUAUUGCUUUCGGAAGUCACCACAGGUCUGCACAAACCUAUUGUGUAACUGUAGAUGCCCUCCCCCGACCUUUCUCAAGGGAGGGAACAUCAUAGCCUUUGAUCUCCUCAUUUGUCCUUUGAGAAAGUCCACAUUUGUUCACAAUGGUAGCCUUCAGUUUUCUGUUGGAAAGUAGUGGCAGAUACGAUGAAGGUCUGUGGUCCUGUGGCAUUGUCCUGUCUGCUGAAAGCAGCACACGUGACAGCUAUCUCCAAAUCUUCAGUGAUGCUCAAGGGAUGGGCCUGCUCGGGGCCCAGCAAGUCAGCACCCCAGGGCACACUGGUCGAUCAUGGGGACCCAUGUGAGAGCAGGACAUUUGGGUUCGGUGCAUCGUUCAGGUAGCAGAGAGACGGAAGGUUUCCUGGGUUGGGGGUUUGGGAUUUUGUUUUGUUUCAGUAGAUUUUGUUUUGUUUAAUCUGUGAAGUUUGCCUGAAUGAAUUGCUGUCCAUUUAUAAGGAGCCAGGGUUUGGGGGUGUCAUCACUUUAUCUGAGCCCAGUACUUUCGUGGAUAAUCCUGCCGUCCCUUGUGUCUGGUUGCCUCUACUGGCUGAUGGCAGUGUGCGGGCGAGAGUUGUACUACAAAAAGAGCCUUUUUCUUCUGCUCCAGAGUUAGCACAUAGCUGUGCUGUUGAACCAUCAAUUUUUAAACUCUUUGAAGAAGCAGCUAUUUUUUGAAAUUAGAAAAUAAUUCUCUAGGAAUUCCCCUUGGACAUAUUCACAUAUAUCAGUUUGUUAGUUGACUGAGGCAUUUAUCCUAAUGAUUAACUCUUGGUUGGUUUUCAAAAUUUGGCAUCAUUUACAAUUUUAUAGACUUUACUACCAAGACCUUUCUAACUAAGAUGUUAGGAUAUUUGGGGUUCCAAUUGUUAAUCCCAUAAGAAAGUAAUUUAGCUUCUAUUUUUAAACUUUUUAAACCUUUCAAUUAUAUCAGAUAAAAUUUUGAUUAUUUUAAUUAACUAGCUAUGUUUCAGAAUGAAAUUUUUUCUUCAGAGUGGCUUAAAAUCAGAUGUUAAAAGUGAUACAAAAAGCAGUGUGAAAUUUGCCUAAAGAUAAAUUUGAAUGUUGUAGUUGUUUUUAUUAAAUGAAGAAAGAGGCCCUUUCCAAUAUGGUUUUUCAAACUUAGGGAUUAGUAAAUUCCUGAGAUACUACGUGCCUGGGCUUGAGCCGUUCCUAUGGCGGAUAAUGAUGGGAGCCCACAUGGUCGCCUUCCAGGGUCCACAUAAGCUGGGCCCUCUGUUUUUGCCACAGACACUGUGGUCCAGAGAUUUCCAGAGCAGCGACUCACCACAGCCCCGGUCAGUCCUCCCUUUUUCCUGCGUCCGCAAAGUAAAAGCAGAAGGACUCCUCAGGCUGGCUGCCCUCUGUGGCCUGCACUGCAGCGCUCGGGAUUGGGAAAGGCUGUAACUGGUUCUCCAAAACAGGCAGCUGGCGCUGGGAAAGUCCGUGUGUUUUUUCCCAUGAUUAUUCAAGAUGGUUAUUUUCUGUGGUGGUGUUUUAUUAUCAAAUAAGUUAACAAAGAUCUCGCACAUUAGCUGACAACCCCCACACCACUUUCUUGCCAACGUAACAGGGACACACUGGGCUUCAGGAGUGACACAGAAGCCCAGCCCCCGACUAUGUGAGGACUCUGUGUACACCGAGCAGAGGUGCCUUUUGCACCUGCGCCCCGUCACGCCGGCAUCACUAGGGCUGGCUGUGGACUCCAUGCCAGAGUCACUCCCGAAGGCUGCCCCCCUGCCCAUCCCAGGUCAGUCUUCCCCUUCAGAGUCCUCUCUGACACCCCAACUCACUGAUGGUUGGUGUCUUACAGAGUAGAAUUCACCAGAUGUAAGUGCUCCUGCUCUAGUUACAGGUUGAUGCAUGGAUGAUCAGCCUAGCCUCUCACUGCAUACAGGGCCCCUUAGGGGUCUGGCUUGAAGGAGGGAGACUUUAAAGGGACCAGUGUGACUGAAAUAGGACAUAGCCAUUUCCAAAGUGCCAGGAGUCUGACAGUGUUCCAAGUCUGAGUGCAGCAUGGGGAGUCACAGGUGGCGGCCACGUCCGACUCGGGCGGUGGUGUUCGUGCUGUGCCAGGGAAGCCCUGCACUGAUGGUAGCGCCUCACGGGGUGGAGCUUGUGUUGGAAAGCGACCUUUCGGUCAUUGAUUUGGAUGGUGGAGAACGUUCUGAGAGCUGUGAGGUCCAAGUUCAGUAUUGCCCUUCCUUCUGACCCCAGUGUAUCACAUUCACUCUCUUCGGGUUAUAUUCUCUGAAAGAAGGAUUCAUAUGUUCUGACCUCUUAGUCAAUAGUCCUUACGUAUGAUUGUUAUAGAUGCUCAGAAAUGCAGGUGGAGCUUUUCUUGUAGCAGUUUAAUGAGUGAACUCGGCAGCAAAGUGGCCAAGAAAUGGUUCUCCGGCCAGGAGGAUUCAUGCUCGCCCUCUUACCGCCCAGAUGCUCUGCUCACAAUGGUAGCAUGGUCAGCGAGUGCCGCCGGCACCCAGCAGCACCCUGGGCACGCACCAUUUCCAUGUCUUGUCAAGUGCGCAGACCACCCUCUCACACUUAGAAAAAUCGAAAGGGCAUUUUUGCACAGAGAAGAAGAAAAGAGACCCAUGAAUGUCAUCUUUUAUCUUUUGUUUUCAGUUGGCUGAUGUUGGAAUUUUUGUUCUUGACAUGCACUUGUAAACCAAUCUUGCCAAGAUACAAGUCAUUUUGGUUUUUUACUGUAAUUACCUCUUGUCCCUCCUGUCUUGACUGCUGACGUUCCUCGAUGAUUCUAAUGUCUAUUUUAUGGAAAGCGGCCUUCCCGUGGGUUUCCUUUUACACACUGCAGGGCUAUCUUUAUACUUAAAAAAAAUUUUUUUUAAAGAAUAUUGUCACUAACCUCAUGGGAGAUUUGCAGAAAACCAUUUAACCCACCUUGAGCAACAGGUAGAUUUCUCAUUGUUUUCUUCAGCUCGUUGUAAUAAAAAAUCUAAUUCAGCAUUAUUGUGCUACCUCAAAGGUAAAAAUGUUUUAAGGUCUUGUUUUGGUCCUGAGUUCUAUACAUAGUGUUUGAAAUGUCUUUCAAUUGGAGUUAUUUUUAAGUCACUGGGAAGAAUCUUAUUUUAACCUGUUUUACACUUGUGUUUUAAUCUCCGAAUAAGUGAUCCUUGCUCUGUAGUAUUGAACGUAUGAUGAUGUCAUUGUUUGCCAUAAACAAGGUUGGGUUUUUUUAAAGGAAACUCUAGGGUUUGGCUUUGCUUUUGGUUAAUAAAGGCUGACAAAUCAUGUCCGA